UGAAUAAAGUGAUUAUCAAAUAUUAAUUUUCUGUUCGGUGACGAUUUUCUUUUCAAUUGUAAUAUAUCGUAUAAAACAACAAAAUGGACGUAUCAUCCAAGAGUGUUUGUUUAUUUUCGAUUUUUUUACUUUUUAUUCUAUCAGUACAUGGGCAGGAUAAGUGCGUUAAAAGAAAUUCGUGUAGUUGCGUAUUUCCCAAUGGCACGGGUAUUGACUUAUCCCCGUCUGCGAAGAAUUCUGUCUACACAUCGAAGACCACUUAUGACGAGAAAAAUAAUGGCAUAGAAAUAGUGGUGACCACUUAUUAUUAUCAUCCAUGCUCCGACGUAUUACUGACAAUUGAUCAGUCGACGUCUAUGAAUGGAACCACUUGCAAUAGAACUUUGUCGCUAUGUAGGCAUACAAGCACUUGGAAUGGAACUAUUAAAAACAAGCUGGCUAAAUAUGGAGACGUUUUUGAAUUUUUGGGAAGUUCAAAUGAUACUGCUGAAGGUGUUGAGUUUUCAAAUGAUGGUAGAUACAUCAAGUACUUUAAUAAAACAUCGUUCUCAAUUGUGGAUUUGAUAUGUACCGAAACUGAUGAUCAAUUCUAUUUUAAGGAUGCAACUGAGCCAGAUCAAAUUGAACUUGCUUUCUUCUCGAGAAAUGCUUGUCUUCGACAAAUUGAGUCCAGCCGGUCUGUGGGGUCCACACUACUGAUCAUAUUCUUCUCAUUUGUUAUUUUCUACCUGGUCCUCGGAGUUUGUACCAAGAAGUUCUUGAUGGGAGCCACGGGCAUUGAAGUUAUACCAAAUCUGAUGUUCUGGUCUGAAUUGCCGAAUCUUGUUAAGGACGGCUGGGCGUUCGCCCUGAACGGCUUCAAGCUGCCGGCGCGCGGGCCCGGUCCCGCCACGUCGCCCGACCCCAACAGCUACGACUCCAUAUAACAACAGCGCGACGACGCACUUCUUGAUGGACAACUCGUGUUCAUCGACUAGCCACGAACCGGUACCGUUACACCGUAAAAGGUUAUGAAAGAUAUUCUUUUCUCAAAUUGCGUGGAAUUAUUUACAUUAGGUCUUGUACUAGUGGCUAAGGCCAAUGUGGGGAAGACAGGCAUCUAACAUGUUUGGUUGGAAAGCAGGGAUACCUUUAGUAUCCAAAAUUGUGAAGCGCCAUUAUCAUUAUGUGAAUAAGCAUACAACAUGGCCAUUCUCCUUACUCCCCACAGCCGUCCAUAGCCACAGUAUUAAAAGAUUUUUAGCACAUUCUAAUAAAGUUUACUAUUCCGUGUCAUUUAAAAUCGCGCCGGUCUAUACAUAGGACUGAAUCGUGUGAUAAGAUCGUAAUAAUCAGAGUGGAUUCUCGUCAGGGAUUUUAGUUUUGAAGUAGCAUAACUAUAGUAGAAUCCGCAUAUAAUGACAUCGAAGGGAAGUGACAAACACGUCAUACUAAGCGGAUGUCAUGUAAAACAUAGUUGAUUAACUUCUUAUUUUUGGUAAUUUUUCCAAAUUUGUUGUGAAAGAUAAGAUUGCAAUUUCUACACGAUUUGUAAUUCAAUAACCAGUUAAAGUGACCGAACUGUUUUUUAUGCAGGUAAGUAGCACGUGCGGUGUUACUUACAA